CAUGUACAAGUCGCGAAAAGUGUCGGAUCCUUGCAUAACUAUUAUGUUCUACAUAGCAAAAUUUUGGGGAGUAGCGCCGUUCAACUUGAAAAAUAAUAGACUGUCGCACGGGUCAUGGAUUAAUAACGUUUAUCCUAUCAUUUUCAUAUUGUUGCUCUUAGUUAUUACCAUAUUCGUAGUAAAAUCAUGGGAUGGCGUUCAAUAUCCUGGUCAGACGCCAUGGACUAGUACCAUUGAUGUGCUAUCAUUUUAUGUUGGAUACCUGGCAAUCUUAGCAUGCGUCAUUCGAGUCAUGCGAAACAAAAAAAGUAUCAUUGAAAUAAACGAAUUGCUUAUAAAGAUCAAAGAGCCCACGAUUGUGUCUGGACGAGAGCUUGGUUAUAAAAAAAAGUUAAAAAUCUUAACGCUCCAAACAGGAUUUUCAAUUAUCAUGCGUAUCUUUUUUGACAGCCUUAGCUCAGUCGCUGUUGUUGUAGACCUCGACAAUUUUUUACUUUUGGCAAUGGGUUUUAUGCAUAAAAUAAUGUUGGUUACAUUGCAUGUGGUAAUGAUUAUAUUCCUUGGCAUAAUAUAUUUUUCAAAACAUUAUUUUGAAUCGCUGAAUCACACGUUAUCGAACAUUUGUGGUUCGAAGUGUGAGUCAAUCACCGCUCAAUCGCGACGUGGUGGGCAAGUAGAUGAAAAAUCAGCGGAUACCCGAGUUCGAAAUGUGGUGAUUGCCGGAAUUGAGGCUGAUUUCGGAGCCAUCAAUGAUUUGAAAUCAAUUCAGAUUCUUAUUCAAAUUGAAAGAGAAUAUCUCGAUAUUCGUACCUUGAUCGAAAAAACUGUGACAUUUUUUUCUCCCUUAUUACUUCUCAUUAUUGCGGACUAUACUUCAGAAGUGUUUUUAGCCAUCUAUUAUAUUUACAACCUUGUCUACAAUUCGUCAGUGGCUACGGAUCAUAAGAUAUUAGUUACAAAAGUGGGUGGGGCGUUAUCAUGGCUGCUGCCAAAAGUUUCGGGACUUUGGAUCAUUGCACAUGUAUGUCAUUCAGUUCAGGAAGCGGCAAAUUCAACGGCGGAUACACUGUACAAAAUGUGGAUCACGAAUCGUCCAAAAGAGUUGAAAGACGAGAUCAAGAUAUUUUUUCUUCGGCUGCUACAGAAACCACUUCAUAUAUCGGCUUACGGCUUUUUUUAUUUCGACUAUUCGUACCUCUACAAGAUGUUUUGCGCCGUGCUGGCCUACUUCGUGAUCGUGCUACAACUUGAUUCCGCAAAAUCGAAUUCGCAUGAGAACUCAUCGAACUUAACGGUGCCGGACAGUAGCGUCAGGCCGUAGCCUGUUCUCGAUGAUGACGAGCACGCCAUCUUUUAAAUAGUUAAGGCGUCCCAUUUCCACAUCAUUCGUUUCUUCUUUCUUUCUUCGAAGGAAGCUACUGAAACUUAAAAAAAAAAAUGUCAUCUCGGCCCCGUCCCGAGUCACCGAUUCAAUUUUUUUGUAGUACAAAGUAUACUUGUUACGCGAGACCCAUACAAAUUUUGUGUUGGGUUCAAUUCCACGAUUAUAGAUAGAUUUUGCUCGACCACAAAGAAAUGAUAUGCGUGACUUUAAGCACAUCGUGUAUCGAUGACUUAUGCACAUGAGAGUAUACCAGUGUUGAUGAUAUGAUUAUACGUUCAAUAUAGUUGAGUUAGCAAUGUACCAAGAAAUUGAUGAGCGUGGGCACAUAAUUUUCAUGCAAAUAAAGUUAGU